UGGGUGUGUUCAGGCUCCAGCAUCCGUCAGUGUCUGCUGACACGUCGCCGGGGCUGCUGGAGGGAUGCGCAGGGCUGCGGGGAGGCUGCGGAGUCUGGGCGGGAUGCGAGCGGCUCGGAUCAGGCGCGUCUGACUCCCUGCUGCGGCUGUCAGCAUCACAUGAACCCGGAGCGGCCGCACCUGGAUGGAGGACAGAAACUGCUGCGACCGCUCCCGAUGAUGAUGCCUGUGUGACGUUGUGAGGAUUGUUUUGAUUUUUAUUCUUGAACCAAAAAAGGGUGGGGAAAUAAAAAAAAAAAUGUCUAAAAGCAAACAGUCGGAGUCGGUGAGGGUGGUGGUCCGCUGUCGGCCGUUCAGCAGGAGAGAAGAGAUGGGAGAGUGUGAAAACAUCUUUGAGAUUGAUGACAGGCUCGGGCAGAUCACCAUCAGGAAGCCCAGGGCUCCACCUGAUGAGCCAAUGAAAGUCUUCACUUUUGAUGCCGUUUAUGGCUGGAACUCAAAACAGGGCGAUAUUUACGAUGAUGCGGUGAGACCUCUGGUGGAAUCUGUGCUCCAUGGCUUCAAUGGCACCAUAUUUGCAUAUGGACAAACUGGGACGGGUAAAACACACACCAUGUUGGGGGUGCCCAAUGACCCGGAGAGGAAAGGCGUUAUACCAAAUUCAUUUCAGCACAUCUUCACACAAAUAUCCAGGAGUCAGAAUCAGAAAUACCUGGUAAGGUCUUCAUAUCUUGAAAUCUACCAGGAGGAGAUCAGGGAUCUCCUGUGCAAAGAUAACAACAAGAAGCUGGAGCUUAAAGAGAGCCCGGACUGUGGUGUGUACGUGAAAGACCUGUCUUCAGUGGUGACGAAGAACACUGCAGAGAUUGAGCAUGUGAUGAACCUGGGCGACCAGUCCAGGUCUGUGGGCUUCACCAACAUGAACGAACGCAGCUCUCGGUCCCAUGCCAUCUUCGUCAUCACCGUGGAGUGCAGCGAGGUGGGCCUGGACGGCGAGGACCACAUCCGAGUCGGGAAGCUGAACAUGGUUGACCUGGCCGGCAGCGAGCGCCAGACCAAGACCGGGGCCAAAGGGAAGCGUUUGAAGGAGGCAGCCAAGAUCAACCUGUCCCUCUCGGCGCUGGGGAACGUCAUCUCGGCUCUGGUGGCCGGCAAGUGCACCCACAUCCCGUACAGGGACUCCAAACUGACCCGCCUGCUCCAGGACUCACUGGGGGGCAAUGCAAAGACUGUCAUGAUUGCAACAGUUGGGCCCUCGCACAAGAACUUUGAGGAGUCCCUGGUCACGCUGAGGUACGCCAGCAGGGCCAAGAAGAUUAAGAACAAACCUCGGAUUAAUGAGGAUCCCAAAGAUGCCCUGCUGAGGGAGUUUCAGGAGGAGAUUGCGCGCUUGAAGGCCCAGCUGGAGGAGCGGGGGAUGCUCGCAAAGGAGAGGAGGAGGAAGAGGAAUAGCAAAAGAUUUAGCAAAAACAUGUCUGGCAUGGAGGAAGAAAUGCUCCGAGAGAGGGAUGAGGAAAUGUGGAAGGCCGCCGAGGAGGAAGACAACUGGAAGCCUUGCCUGAAUGAGGGGAGUGUUCGGCCGAAGGUCCUGACCUACCUGGGGAGGGGUGAGGAGCCGAAGCACCUGAACAGGAAAAGUGUGGAGGACCUUCAGUGGGAUCAAGAUGCUGUGGAGAAGAUUAUAGAGAAAUAUAAGGCUAUGGAGAGCAAAUUGCUGGUUGGAGGAAAGACGAUAACUGAUCACACCAAUGAACAACAGAAAAUGUUGGAGAUGAAGAGACAAGAAAUUGCAGAGCAGAUAAGGAGCGAGAGAGAGAUUCAGCAGCAGAUGAUGCUGCAGGACGAGGAAACGCUAGAAAUUAAAGAGACGUUCACGUCCCUGCAGCAGGAGGUGGAACACAAGACGCAUAAACUGAAGAGGCUGUACGGUAAACUACAGCAGCUGAAGGGAGCGCUGACGGACUUAAUGGAUGAAUACAUCACUAACAGACAGGAGCUCGAGGAGACACAGAAUGAACUCACCAGAGAGCUCAAGUACAAGUAUCUCCUGAUUGAGAAUUUUAUACCACCUGAGGAAAAAAACAAGAUCAUGAACAGGCUGCACUUCGACAGUGAGGAGGAUCAGUGGAAGCUCCACCCGGUGAUCCCGUCAGAGAGUGCACCCACUCAGGUCAGGAGAAGGCCUCUCUCUGCUGCGGGAUACAAGAGGCCAAUCAGCCAAUAUGCACAGACUGCCGUUGCCACGGCUACUGCGGCCCCGUUUAGAUACCAGGGAGAGAAUAUCAUGCUGCUGGAGUUAGACAUGUCUCCGCCGACCAUGUUCACUUUAAACCUUAACGGGGCUCACCUGGAGAGGGCUUUCUCUCCCAGGCUGAUGCAGGAUCUCAUUAUAAGUGUGCCUGUCCGAGAGAGGUCGUCACGGGUCAAGAAAUCCCAAUCCUGGUAUCAGAUGCCCCAGACAGCAUCCGUCCCAUCCUCCUCAUCCUCCACUGCUUUGUCAUCGGCUCAGAGUUGCUCCUCCUCUCAGAGACGGAGACCAUCCUCCGCUGCCUGUCUUUCACUGGGAGGUCCUCCGCAGACCAGCCCCUGAUUUGUAUCAAUACACCUGUAACUACGCAAGGCUGGCCUUAGUUCAGUGUGGCACCAGUUUAAACCAAGCGAGGGCGGAGGGAAUAUAGCCAUCUUAUUUUAUUUUCAUUUAUUUUGGUCACGUUGGAAAACAUCUCUUCAUUCAGUUUUGAAAAAAAUACACAAAUUCACAUUGCCCAAACAUACUUGUUUUUUUUGCAUUGUCAUGUACAAAAAGCACAGUAAAAACAUAAUGACUUCACAUGGAAUUUUUUUUUUUUUUUUUACACUUCAUUUUGUCAAGUAUUUAUUUUUCAGAUGCCACCAUUUAUGUAUGUUUUCUCCUGUAGACAAAAACACAUCUCCCAGAGCCGUUUCUUGCUAUGUGUGGCCUAUGCAGUUGCACGGGGCCCCCACAACCUCGAGGGGGGCCCACAAAGCUGCCUCAGAAUACAUUUGGGGAAAAUUAAAAUGACCCAUCUUCAUCUCAAGCCUUAUUACCCCAUUUGUGUUUAAUGCAACCUUCGCUCUGAUGGGAUGCUAACAGCAGUGAUACAGGGAUGGUAUCAGGACAGAUAGCAUUUUUCAACGGUGUAGAUUAAACCCUAGUUUAUACUCCAUUUUCGUACAUUCGUACAACCGUUUCCAAAUGUUUCUGUCACUUCCCCACACACGUUAAUCGUGUCCAUACGGUUGUGGAGCAACACAUCCACCAGGGGGCAGUGAUGAGUUAACUACUGGUACCAAAAGAAGAUGGCGACUGUUGAGAAGAUUGUUGAAUUGCACUAAUUCAGAGCCGGAGUAAAUAAAAACAGUGGUGCGAACAGACCACUAAAUGAUAGUCACUAUAUAAAUUGAGAAUUUUUCUCUUCAUAUUAACCCACACGUGAAAUUCUCCUCCAAUUUCUUCUUGUUACUUUCUUGUGUUUAGUUCCACAAUCGACUCGAUACUGCCCCCAUAACUUGUAGUGGUAUUUCUCAGUUUUGUCUUUAUUCGUAAGCACCUACACAAAGUGCAAAGAGGAUUCCGUGUGUCUAUUUCAAAUGUUGAACAUAAAAGGGCCUUAACUUGAGGGGUUUUAUGGGGAUCUGUAGAGGAGAAAGGGAAUUUUUGAGCACCCUUGUAACAUUUAUGCUGUUGGCUAGUUCAGCUAGCUAAAGCAAAAUCUAUCAGUAAGCUUGCUAGGUUUGUUUUGCAAGUUCAACUUGAGACUGUUAUGUAUGCUUACAUGUACAUGAUGAGAGCGUCCUGAGCCUCUCUGUCCGUUCACUAUAAACGGGUUGAUGUCAAGCAUUGCUGAACUGUAGAUUUGGGUGGGACAUUUUCAAAGUAUAUGGCGUGUGUGUGUGUGUAGCAAAAAUGAUUACAUUUGAUUGGUUGUUUAAAGUAUGACAAAGGCAUGUCAGAAGCAUGUCCAGUCAUGCGUGAAUGUGACUCUGCUUUAUGAGCAUAGUUAGAUUUUCAAUUCACAAAUCUAGCUGCUAUCAUUCUCAAAGUGUAAGGGGUUGCUCUCAUUGCACUGUAGUUUUACAAUAUAGGGGCCCUUUAACUCAGUGGUCACCAACCCCUGUCCUCAACAUCUACUGUCCUGCAUGUUUUAGAUGCUACCCUGCUUCAGCACACCGUGAUACAAGGAGCUGUGUCAACAACAGAACUGUCCAGACCUUGAUAACAGGCUAAUGACGACAGUUAAAUAGUAUCAGGUGUGUUGAGGCGGGAAACAUCCAAAACAUGCGGGACAGUCGAACUUGAGGACCGGGCUUGGUGACCACCGAGUUAACUGGAUCUUGCAUAGUGCCCCAUAAACGGCUAGAAACGGCACUGAUUCGUUUUUUUUCAGAAGUUGAUGGGAGUGGGGCGGGGUCCUGACACAUUCUGGUGCAGUCUGUAUGCUUAUUAAUUUGUUGCUUCAAUUUCCAGCCAAUGUAAUUGUGAGCCAAAAAUGUGAGGAAAGCUUGCAGUGUUCCCUUGAUUAGCUGCCUUAUUUUUCAUAACCGUGCAGAAUUUCACUCA